UUAAUGUUUGCAGUCCAAAGUCUGUUGUAAGAAAGACAAACACAAAACACAAAAAGCAUUUAAACGAGAAUCACAGAUGAGACCGAACCUUUAAUAAAAGAAUGAAACAUCUAAACACAUCUGUUGUUUUGGUCCUCCUCUUGUGUUCACCAUGGCCAAGUGCUGGAACAACUUUCUUGACCCACCUCGGAACGCUGUGUAUAGAAGACUGCCAGCCUGAUAGUGGCGAGUACAAGUGCAAGACUAUUGAUAAAGAUGGAAAAUGCCAGACAAUGUACUGUUCACCUCAGGAAAACAUUGACUCCUGGGGUAGGCAGUGCAGUACUGACUGUGGGAAGCUUGGAGAAGACUACUACUGGUGCAAAACUGAUACCUUUUCUUGGGGAUACUGUGGACUGGUGAUGGAGGACAAGAACCAUUAUGGAUCUAAGACAGGUGCACUGUACGACCGCUGUGACCAAAAAAAUGAAGUCUACCAUUGGUGCCAUACUGCGGAUGGAUGGGACUAUUGCUCGCCAUCUGAAAACGUAGACUACAUGAACAAGAACUGUAAAGAAGACAAUCCAUGUGGGAAGCAGGAUGAGGACUACUACUGGUGCUGGCUGAAGGAGGGAAGCUGGGGUUACUGUGGGCUUGUGGAACCAAAGAUGUUGCUCCACCGGUCUAAAUAUCAUUAUGUUUGCACAGACGAGUGCCAGUAUCAUGAGAGUGGUGAUUACUACUGGUGCCACACUGCCAAAGACUGGGACUACUGCUCUCCAGAUGUAAAAGUAACCUAUAAAGACAAUCCCUGUCGCUCAAACCACUACUGUGGCUUACAUGGUUCUAGUUACAACUGGUGCUGGACCUCAGAGUCAGAAUAUGAUUACUGCGGGCCCAUUGAAUCUGCAGAGUGCACUUACAUCACCUCACAGCAUCGCAACAGAAGAGCCCCAGAAAACAGAAUACUGAUAUGCAUCCGAGAGGACAAGCAUAACAAAAGGAAAACAAUCUUUACUGCAGAGCCAACUACUGUUGACAUAACUGAUAACCGAAGAUGGAGAAACGAGGCAAGAAACCUAAUCAGUCGCUGGAACAAUGGGUACCUGGUGGACCAGGCUCGUUCCAAUCUGAUCACCUCUGAUAAUCUCCGUAUUGACAUGCAGAGACCCAUCAACCGCAACAAUCAGCGCUACUACAACCUGCAGAUCCAGGUGAACAUGCCUAGGGUGCCUGGUGACAGCACCACUGUGUCUCAGAUCAUCGUACCUGAUGGAGUUCCUGAGCGCUACAUCCGCAGAGCCUUCUUGGAGAGCUUCAGUCGCCGAGCUCGAGUUUUUGUUGAUGUUUCAUCACAAAGUCAGUGUUAGAGCUGUGUGAAAUGUGCUAAUGUGCAACACAGUUGUAAUUCUUUCAGCUUUUUGCAGUACACAGAAAAUACUGAGCAGAAUAAGGAUAAUGCAUAUUCUGUAGAUUCAAGUCAAUUUGUGCUUUUUGUGUGAGCUCAUUCAUGGCAUGGGACGACAUGUUAAUGUGCGUAUUUGUUGUAAUGUAAUUCAAAAAUUUGGUUAUUUUACUACUACUACUAUUACUACAAAUAAUAAUAAUGUAUAAUAAAAAUAAAUCACAGAUUCUAUGACUUAUAGUUAGUAAAAAAAAUAAAAUAAAUUCUGUUUGUGUGUCAGUUCAAUCAUGGUAUAGGAAGAAAAGUGUUUCUUGAAUUGUAAUGUGCUGUAAAAAAUAUUUGUGUAUUAUUUGUGUAUAAUCUUAUUUAGCUAAAUUAAAUAUUGAAUAUAUUUUAGCAAUUGUAAAUUGGCUCAUACUUUAAAAUGGUUACUGAAACCAGCAAAAUACUGUACUGUAGGAUGGAGAAUCUUAUAUUUUAGCGACUUGGGGGCCAACCUCAUGAUUAAGAUAUAACAGGUGGGGGGCUAUGUUGAUUACAGUAUCUUACACUGGACUACAGCUUAGUUGUCAGCCAGAUAGUCUCUUUGGUCUUUGUUUAUCUCUGGAGGUUAUAAUGGAUUCAAAAUGAUUCCAAUAAAUUUUUAACAUAUUUGUUUUUCAAAAAGAACAGA